AGUCACUCAGAGCACGAAAGACAAUAGAAACACUUACUUUCUUUCCCAGUUAUGGAUGAGACACCUGAUGUGGAUAUUGAAACUCUUAUAGAUGAAUUUGAAUACAUACCGGGGCAUUUCCAUUUGGAAAUGAAUUUAAAUUUCGAGUCAUGCACUCCAGUGGAGUUUAGGAGAAGAGACAUCAAACUGAAAAGGGAUUCCCUGCAGUUCCAGCUGGAGGCUGACUCCAGUUUUCAGCAGUUUGCUGUCAAGAAUUUACUUGGUGUCUUUUUCUUUUAUCUGGAUGAGUUUCACAGUGCAAGGGACAUUUUCCUGUCAAUUAGUCAUCAUGAUCCAAACAACUUAAAUGCUUGGGCUAACCUGGCAUACGUGUAUGACAGACUGAAUAUGGAGGAUAAAGCCUCACAAUGUACAGAUAAAUUGUCUCAUCUAAUGGGUCUAGAAGGGGAAGAGGGAGAGAGUAAAGAGGUCAGACUAAGGGCUGCACGGUGCCUGGCAGAGCAGGGUUAUGCCCAUGCCUUUGAUGUUGGACUUCUAAAUGAAGAGGACAGCAUGGAAAAACUGAGCAGUGGAAUUGGCCUGUACGAUAAAGCCCUGGCAUAUGGAAGACACGAGAUUCCUGUGGAAGAAAAGCGAAGUUGGUUUUUCACAAUGGCAACUCUGUGCAUGAGACAGGAUGGAAUACUAAUGAACAGCUCUAAUGUGGACAAAAGACUAUUAUUUUAUAACAAAACUCUGAUGUUGCUUCGUGAUGUUGUAAAAUCCUCAAAUGCUCAUUAUAAAGCUUUGGCCUGGUGUUAUCUUGGUGUGAUGCUGGAAAGACAAAACACUUUUCCCACUACUCCAAUGGGCAUACAUGACUGCGGCUAUUCAGGAACUGACCCUCUGGGUUGUUUUGGAAAGGCUUUAGAAUUUGCAAAAGACGAUCCUCUCAUUCUCAACCGCCUUGCCAAAAUUUGCCAUUUUCUGGGGAAGCAAGAAUUGGCCAUUGGGACAUGUAAUAUGGCACUUGAUCUACUUCAGGACCCAAAGCUGAACUGGCAAGCUUACCUUACACGUGCUCAGAUUUAUUUAAACAUGUAUAUACGCGACUUUGAACGUUCCAAGAUUGGGUCAGGAGGCUUGCCAGACAGAAAGCACCUGACCAGUGCCAAAUCUGACUUAGAUAACAUCAUAGACAUCUAUCCUUGUCUGAAAACAUUCCUAGAUAUGGCUCAGGUAUUUUACUAUAUGGGAGUGGAUGCUGUGAAGGAAACAUUUCAGGUUGAUGAAGAUGCCCUUAAUAAUGCUUUGGUAUGCGUUGCAAAAGCCACAGAGUUUGAACUUGGAGACACCCUUCCGGAAAUCCAGCUACUCAAGGGAAAGUGCCUUAGAGUUAAAAGUGAAGACCUUAAUGCAAUGGAGUGUUUUAAAAGGGCAAUACAACUGGACAACAGAGGCUCACUGGGUACAGAGAGUUACAGGUGCUUAAUAGAAACACUCCUUAACUUGUACAACCAAAAUAAAAUAAAUGAGGAGUGUCUGGCGCAGGAGGUGGAGAAAUGGACAAAAGAGGCUGAGAGGAAAUACGCAUCAGAUAGCAUUCAUCAAGAGCUGCAGGUUAUAUAUCGAAACAACACUUCAGAAAUUGUGGAACUCUCUAAAGCAAUGAUAGCAAUGGGUAAAAUGGAUUUGGUAAAGCUUUUGUUUCAGGCUGUAAAGGUAAAUGCAAGAAAGCCAAAACUCAGCAGCCGUUCAUCUUCUUUUUGAACUGCAGACACUUGCUCAAUUUACAUUAAAGAGUUUCUCAUCCCAUGACAGGCCGGUGAUUUUAAGCUUUAAUAUCUUAUUCUAUUUUUUUUUUUAGAACUAAGAUAUUAAACUUACAAAAAAAAAUUCUUCAUUUAAAAGGAACUACACCUAUAAACAUUGUUAUAUGUGAUGCGGAAAAGAACAUUAGUGAACAUAAUCUUCCCGUGUUUAAUGUCAAAGGAAAACCUUUUGCACAACUGUGAUGAAUUAGUGAAAGAGGUGUUAGGUGGUAUGCAUCAAUAACUGAAAUGAAUUAUUUAAAAAAAAAAAUAUAUAUACAUCUCACGUGGAGACCUGAUAUUGAAGGGAUUAACCACUGCACCUUCCCACCUUGUGAUACAUAAAUACAGAGAAUGAACAUAAGUAACACUUAACUUGUCAGUUAAAAUAAAAAAAUAAUUAAAAAAAACCCUAGGUACAAAGUAUUCUCCAGGAUCAAAUAUGCAAUAAAUCUAUGCAUAAGGAUGCUUACAUCCGCAAUACCUAUCUUAGACUGCAAGUGUUGGUUAAGUGUUGUCCCUUACUGCAUUAUAGCAUCACCAUGCAAAAUCGCAAAUAGUAUUUAAGCAGGGUUUUACAGUAAUUCCAAGUAAUGGUGCACCAUAUUCCCAGACAGAAAAUUAACAUUUUAGGGUUACAGCAGCACCCCACAGACCAGGAGCCUUUUCCAAGAAAUCAAAUCCUUGGGCUGGCACAGCAUACAUUGCAAAAUGUUUCCAGUAUCCCAUAAAUAUCCAGUUAAUUACAGGGGCAGAACUAUAGAGUGUAUUCUGUGCACAAACUGUAGCGCACACAAUUAAUUUUUUGUUAUUCUGACCAUAUGGUUUAAAAAAAAAAAAUGCGCAAGUUUAAAGCGUGUGCACAACAUUUUUUGUGCACAUAGUGAAGAAGGAAUUAGAAGGAGCAGGCACAGGGAGCUAAGUAACAUUUGAAAAGCACAUUAUGGGGCCAUUUACCAAGACCCUAGUCUACGUGCCACCUCCCACCGCCCCCCAUAAAUACAGUCCUGCUACAUGCAUGCAGACACUGGUGAAAAGGCUGAUGCAUUGCUUAGGUUUUCAAAUGUUGCGCAAAGUUUCCUCCUGCAGGCAACUUCGUGAGACUUCAGAACGCUGAUGCAAUGCGUAAGUCAGUGGAAAGGGUUUUCAGGGAGAUUAGUCUCCCAAGGUAGCAGAGAUCUAUCAAGGGCUCUCUGUGGGACAUUGGCUCUCUGUGCAUUUGUAAUCAAAUUAUUCACCUUGCAAGGCCCAAAUAUAGAGCAAGGCCAGUACAACACAGGGCUGAUUCUUGGCCUGAUAAUAAAUGCAAUCCACCCCUACAUUCAAAAAAAAGCUUUUGGUUGUGCCUACGCAUGGAGCCACUGCAUGGGUCCAGGUGCAGGCACACUAAGUGGAAUUUGGUGUAAAAGUGAAUACCUGAGCAGUUUUGUGCCUAAUUCCACUGCGUAUGCCUGCACCCAGGCAUAAAGGUGGACAUACAUGGGAAGAUUUUUCCUGCUGUUUUGACUCCUUUAGUCUGAGUUGGCAGCUUAUCUGCCCAUGUAAGAGGCACUCAGACGGUCCUACCUGAUACAUGUCUGACUGAAAAUCGGCCAGAUAUCGAUCACACUGGUUUCAAAAUCUUGUUGGAGUGAUGACCGCAUUGGCUCGUUCCUCAUUCUGAUGACCUGUAUAUUCAUCAUUGUGAUCCUAGGGCUAAACUUAUGGAUCAGUCCGAUACUGCCACCUCAAGGCGGGCAUAUCAGGGAAAGAUCCGUUUGUUUGGCGCCCUCACUAAAUGAGCAGAUCUUUCAAUGUAUGCCCAGUUUAAUUUCAAUCCCCUUGUUUAACUUUGCGAUAAAAACAUAGCAAAAAGUAUGUUCAGCACAAGUCCUAUUCAUUGCACUUCAAGAGGGGGUAUAGUGCCACUUUAAAUAACAGGAAGCAAGUAUUAAACAAGACCUGUGAAACAGUGCAUAGCUAUGUAAAUGCCACAUCUAAAAUAAUAAAGUAUUAUGCGAUAAAAUAUGAA